UUACUAUAUAAAGGAAGUUUUAUGAAGUCUAACAAACUCAAGCAUUCAUAGGAACCUUUCUAACUAGCAAUAUACAUUUCAUAUUUUGGUGCUUGAAGGAAAACUCCAACAUCAAAAUGGUAAGCUCUCCUGGAGGACAUGUCGAAAAGAGAAGUCUUUCAUGACUUAGAAUUAUGCAUGGAAUUUAUAGCUAAUUAGUUUAUUUGUGUUACUUAUAUGCAGGGAAUGUGCAGAGAUCUCAAGACUGAACCCAAACAACCACCUAGGCUGGGAGGAAAUAGAGCAGCUUUAUUUGUAUAUGCUAUAGCGGGAAUCGACACCAUGGCUUUCAUAGCAACUGGUGUGAGCUUGGUGACUUACUUUUAUGGAUUUAUGAACUUCAGCAUAACAAAAUCAGCCACAACUGUUACAAACUUCAUGGGAACAGCAUUCUUUCUAUCAUUAUUUGGAGCAUUCCUUUCAGACACUCACUUGUCCAGAUUCAAGACUUGUGUUCUGUUUGGCUGCUUUGAAGUUGUUGGGUAUGCACUUCUAGCAGUGCAAGCACAUUUCAGGCAACUAAGACCCUUUGCUUGUAAGGACAUAACCUUGAGCCAAAUGAAUCAAUGUGAGUCUGCAAAUAAAGGCCAAUUGGCAAUCUUAUACGCCGGACUUUAUCUAGUUGCAAUCGGGACUAGUGGAGUCAAAGCAGCUGCACCGCCUUUGGGAGCAGAUCAAUAUGAUGAGAAGGACACUAAAGAGGCUGCUAAAUUAUCAAGUUACUUCAAUUGGCUUAUGUUUUUCCUCACCACUGGUGCCUUAUUUGGUGUCACAUUUGUAGUUUGGAUAAGUGAGAAUCAAGGAUGGGAUUGGUCUUUUGCUGUCUGCAGUAUUGUAGUUGGAUUGGCAAUUCUGUUCCUAACAAUGGGAAAAUCACUGUACAGAAACAAUGUCACAAAUGGAAGCCCCCUUACGCGUAUUAUGCAGGUGUUUGUUGUAGCACUUAGAAACAGAAAUCUCCCUUUGCCAGAGAAUGAACACGAGUUACACGAGAUUCAUGAUGAGGAAGCUAGAUAUGAUACUGAGAUUCUUCGAAAAACUAACCAAUUCAAGUUUUUAGACCAGGCAGCGAUAAUGAGGACUCACCAGGCACAUGGACCAUGGAGACUAUGUACAGUAACACAAGUUGAAGAGACAAAAAUUGUAGUCAGAAUGUUCCCAAUUAUAUUAAGUACUGUCUUCAUGAACACUUGUUUGGCUCAGCUCCAAACUUUUACCAUCCAACAAAGCACAACAAUGGACAGAAUAAUCCACAAGUUUGAAGUUCCAGGGGCUUCAAUUCCUGCAAUUCCCCUGUUGUUUAUGAUUAUCCUGAUCCCAAUAUAUGACCGCGUUUUCGUUCCAAUAGCAAGAAAAUUCACAGGGAUUCCAACAGGGAUCCGACAGCUGCAGCGUAUAGGUGUUGGCCUAGUACUUUCAGCUUUGUCAAUGGCAGUAGCUGCAAUUGUAGAAAAACACCGGAAAUCAGUUGCCAUUAAGCACAACAUGGUUGAAUCCGCCACACCAUUGCCAAUGAGUGUCUUCUGGCUAGGCUACCAAUAUGCGAUCUUUGGUUUAGCUGAUAUGUUCACAUUUGUCGGAUUAAUGGAUUUUUUCUAUUCAGAGAGCUCAUCAAGCAUGAAAGCACUAAGUACCGCGAUUUCUUGGUCUUCACUGGCAAUUGGAUACUACAUUAGUUCAGUGGUGGUGAGUAUUGUGAACAAGGUGAGUGGCGGCUGGUUGGCUAACAACAACUUGAACAAAGACAAGCUUGAUUAUUUUUAUUGGCUGUUAGCAGGAUUGAGUGUGCUUAAUUUUGGAUUUUAUUUACUUUGUGCUUCUUGGUAUAAAUACAAGAAUGUGGAUGUGAAUCCAGAAGAUGAUGUCCCGAGUAAUAAGGAGGCCAAGGGGAAGAUUGAGAUGAGUAUAGUUUAGGAAUUCUACAAAAUAAUGUUGUUUGAUCUAGUGUUCAUAGUAUGUGCCUGAGAGGUUUGAAUGUACUAUAUUAUGUCAUUUAUCAAGGGUUCAAUAAAACUAAAGUAAUCUUUGGCAUCUACCAACACAUA